UUAUAUAUGUUGACUACUCUUAAGGUUUUGGUUUCUUUGAAUUGUUUCAACACAGGGUUUUGCUCCUUUGAAAGAAAGAAAAACAGGGUUUUGGUUUUGCAUUACAGAGGAAGAAUCCCUUCAAGUCCUUGUUCUCGCUAUGGCUCCCGAUGCUUCCGACGCACUUGCAGUUAGGCAGAAAGUUCAACACUUUCUCAACGCUGCUCGUACCGGCAAUCUCGAUCUCUUAAAGAAAUUUGCGGAACAGUUAGAUGAGGGCAAAGAUUUAUCCAAAACAGUUGAAGCAAUUAAAGAUGCAAACAAGCGUGGAGCACUUCAUUUUGCUUCUCUUGAAGGACAAACUCAGAUUUGCAGUUAUCUUAUAGAGGAUUUGAAACUUCGUAUCAAUGAUAAAGACGAUGACGGUGAAACUGCCCUCAUUCAUGCUGCACGUCAGGGACACACUGCCACUGCUAAGUAUCUGAUUGAUCAUGGCGCUGAUCCUACUAUUGCUAGCAAUUUAGGAACUACGGCUUUGCAUCAUUCUGCUGGAAUAGGAGAUACGGAUUUACUUGAGCAUUUGCUGUCCAGAGGAGUUAAUCCUGAUUUAGAAAGUGAUUCGGGAACACCUUUGGUUUGGGCGGCUGGUCAUGCUCAAGAAGCUGCUGUUACUGUUCUAUUAAAACAUGGUGCAAAUCCCAAUGCUGAAACUGAUGAUGGCAUUACCCCACUCAUUUCAUCUGUUGCAGCUGAUUCUUUGGCAUGCUUAGAGCUGUUAAUACAGGCAGGUGCUAAAGUAAAUGUUAGUGCUGGUGGAGCAACUCCUUUGCACAUUGCAGCUGAUAAUGGAAGUCUAGAACUUAUAAAUUCCCUGUUGAAAGCAGGAACUGAUCCUAAUGUCUCUGACGAGGAUGGUGUUAAGCCAAUACAGGUUGCAGCUGGAAGGGGAAAUCGUGGAGCUGUUGAGAUAUUGUUCCCCAUGACAUCCAAAAUUGAUGCUAUUCCUUCUUGGACUAUUGAUGGGAUACUUGAGCAUGUGCAAUCCGAAAGUAAAAAGCAGCAGGAUGAAUCGCUAAAUGCUAAAGAAAAUAACUGGUCUGUGGAUGCUACUGUUUCUCAAGAGCAAAAUAUCCCUGAGGUGUCACCUGAAGCCAAAAAGAGAGCAGCAGAAUCAAAAUCAAGAGGGGAUGAGGCUUUUAAAAGGAAUGACUAUCAUACGGCUAUAGAUUCCUAUACACAAGCAAUUGAUUUGAAUCCCAGUGAUGGUACAUUGUUUUCAAAUAGAAGUCUAUGUUGGAUGAAGCUAGGUCAAGCUGAGCAGGCUUUAGCUGAUGCAAAGGCAUGUAGAGCAUUAAGACCAGAUUGGUCCAAAGCUUGUUAUAGGGAAGGCGCAGCCUUGCGUUUGUUGCUGAGGUUUGAUGAAGCUGCAAAUGCUUUUUACGAGGGAGUAACACUUGACCCUGAGAGCAAGGAGCUUGUAAAUGCGUUCAGGGAAGCUGUUGAAGCUGGAAGGAAAUUUCAUGGCACAACUAAAGAUAAAUCGUAGUUGUCAUUUUUCUAAUGUCCCUUACAAAGAUAAAGAAACUAAAACGUUGUGGGUGAUGCAGCCUUUUAACCUUAUUGAUAUGUAUUUUCUUGAGUACAAUCUUACGAGUUCAGUUUACUGGUAAAUUAUUGCGUUAAAAAAUUAUACUAAUUAGAAAGGUUAUUGCUUAUUUGACA